CAGCUGCACCUAGAUGUGGGGCAGCGCGACUUCUACUCGUACCGCUGCCCUACCUGCGGCAUGGUGUAUGCCCGCGGGACAGAGGCAGCAGACGAGCAGCUACACUCCACGUUUCACGCCAACGCCGCCCACGGCCUGCGCUACCAAGGCUGGCAGGGCGAGCGGGUGGCGGCGGUUGAUGGUAGUCGCGGACGGGUGCUGCUGUUCAGCAGCGCAGACCUGGGCCGCGGCCGCAAGCCGUUGCAGGAGCUGUGCAGGUUCCUGGAGGAGCAGAUGGGGCUGCCACCAGGUUGGCUGCUGCGCGUGCCGCUCACGCUCCUGCUGUACGUCUCGUCGGCACGACGCAUCCGGGCUUGCGUUGCAGCAGAGCCCAUCAGAGAAGCCUUCCAUGUGCACCCCCGAAUGCCCACUGGCAUGGAGCAUGGCAUGCACAGUUGCCGCUCAGCAGCACCAGUGCGCGUUGUGUGCGGCGUACGGCUGAUGUGGGUGUCACUGGAUGCGCGGCGACAGGGGCUGGCCACACGGCUGCUAGACUGUUGUCGCUGCCAGUUUAUGCCUGGCUAUGUGCUCCCGCGGCAUGAGCUGGCAUUCAGGUGGGUAGAGAUGGGUGGAUGCGACAGCUUUCCGGUGGGUCGCAUGCCGCAAUGCGGCAUGUGGAGCUGA